CCUUGGCGGGCGGCUAAGGGUGUUCUGAGUGUGUCCCUGAGACAUGCAGAAGUAUGGCUGGGAGGGGCGUCUGCUACCCCUAGUGAGGGAUCGCUGGGUGCGAUGGCAGAGACUUGGCUGGGAACCGCUGAGGUGAGCACGAGUGGGCGGUCGCUCGGUGCUACGUACACUCGGAGUAUGAGUGCUAAGUCGCCGUUGCUUACGCGACGUGAGCGCAAGGCAGCGGUGGCUGUGGAUACUCAUCCGGUCUUGGAAGCGAUGGACGGAGUGACGCAUCAAUGGACGACCAUACGCGAGCGUAUGAGGAAUCACUCACCACAGAGGAGUUUGUCCAGGUCACUGGAUGAUACGGAAGAGCCUCCAGUGAACGAGCUGGGUGACAAGCUGUUGCGACAACGGUUGCGACGCUUGAAGCGUUCUGUGUUUGGUGUGGAAGUGGGGGGUGAUAUCCUCGAGCGUAUCAAUUAA